AUGUCUUUCCACUCCCAGAAUCUCGCCGAUUCCACCUCCCCGGGGCUCGUCAGGCUCUCGCGCAGACUCACCUCGUCAGCCACCGACGAUGACCAAGCGAGCGAGGCCGGGGAGACGCGGGCCUGGGCGUUUGACAAGACAACCGUCGUGACCUUCAUGCAGGGCAUCGAGAGACGACUGGGCAGGACUACGGGGGAUUCGCAGUAG